UAUGGGUCUGUUGAUACUAUGGAGUAUUGCUCCACAUUGGAAGUUGCCGUACACCGACAACAUGUCAUUCAAUCAGCGGUGGUACAAUACGAUAGUGACAUUUUACGAUUAUUUCAUUCGUCGAUUUGUAUAUUUGCCGCGUGAGGAAGCAUUGAUGAAAAAAUACUUUGCCCAUUUGGAACCGUUGCCAUCGUUGAACGAUCUAUUGAAAAGCAUAUCGGUUAUAUUUGUCAACUCACACCGAGCCUUGGCACCACCACGGCCAGCAAUGCCAGGUACUAUAAAUAUUGGAGGCGCCCAUGUGAAAACCGUGAAACCAUUGCCCGAAGAUCUUCAGAAAUUUUUAGAUGAAUCAACACAUGGGGUUAUCUUCUUUAGUUUAGGAAGUCUUAUCAACACAUCCAAAUCGCCAAAAGAAAAAAUUCAAACAUUCUUGG